AAUCCUAUCCGAGCAUAUACUCCUCCCCCUCCUCCUCUGGGACCUCACCCCAAUCUGAGGAAAUCUCCACGUCCUGUUCAAAGGAUAGAUCCACACACUGGGACAAGUAUUCUAUAUGUACCUGCUGUCUAUGGAGGAAAUAUGGUCAUGUCUGUGCUUUUGCCUGUACCAUGGACGGGGUAUCAGGGCACAUGGGCAUGGGUCUCCUAUACCUUAUGGCCUGGGACAUCAUUCACCAGUUAACAUAGGACAGCAGCAACAGCUUCAGCAUCAAGACAAGGAGCAACAUGAACAAAAUCGAAACGGUAAAAGUGAAAACACUGCUGGACCUGAAAUCACUAAAAUUCGAACACCUGAGAAGAAACCUGUAGAAUCCAAGCAGGCUGACUUAGAAGCAAAUUCUCAGAAUAGAAGCCCCGAGUCCCGUUCCAGUGUUGGUUAUCCUAAUGCUAAAUUUCAUCGCAAAGAGAACCUUAACCCCAGGCAGCUGAACCUCCAUCUCACCCCACCCCACUCACAGUACGCAGUUCCCAAUCGCCACUUCCAGCACCUGGCACAGAUCCCAAGGCAGCCAUAUCCUCUGCAGCAACAGCAAAAUCUUUUAAGUCAACAACAAAGUCAUUUGCCUGAGCAACAAAACCAAAUGCCACCCCAGCAAAGCCAGGUAGUUCAGCAGCAUAAUCAUUUGAAUCAGCAGCCUCCACAACCUUCGCAGCUUUCCCCUGCUCACCAGGCAGGCCCCAGCCAAUCUUUUUUUAAUAAUCCCAUUCCUCACCGACCACAUUCUCCUGCUGUAGAUGCUGUGAUUUCAGAACAACACCCCCCACCUAUGUUACAAGAAGUCAGUAGUCCUUUGAGGCCUAUUGCCCAGCACAACCCUGUUCUGCCAACCCACUGGAACAACUUCAUUGAAGAGAAUCCAUCAGGAAUGCCCUUAGGGGACACUUUAGAUCGUAUGCAUGGAAAUGUAGCUUUGGAAACAAUAAGGCAGCAACAACAAGCCAGGUUACAGCAAUGGAAUGAACAUAAUGCCUAUCUCAGUCAAGGCACUAUUCCAUAUCAACACCAUCACCAUCCUCAUCUACCACAUCUUCCUCAGCAGCCAAUUGGAUUGCAUCAACAGCAGCAAGUUAGGGCAAACUGGAAACUUGCCAGUAAUACAGAAGAUGAAACAGAGGCAACAUAUUCAAGAUUCCAGGAUUUGCUCAGAGAACUGUCACACUGUGAUCAAAGCGAAAGUCGGGACUUAGCUGAAAUGCCACCCCCUCAGUCAAGACUGUUGCAAUACAGACAAGUUCAGCCCAGAAGCCCACCAGCACUCCCUUCUCCUUCCUGCAACUCUAACCACAGUGGUCACUUCCCUAACUUCACUGAAAACAGCAGAGACAUUGAAAUACCCAGUAACCCAGCAUUUCAGCAGCAUUUACCCCAAAUAUACAAUCCCCCUUUCUCAAUGCCAUCUGAACAUAUAACCCCGUCUCCCUUGAAAUACCUGCAACCUGAUGGAUCGUGGACUUAUGCUAACCUACAGCAGAAUCACCUUAUGGGGCAGGGCUUUCAUUAUGGUAUACCUCCAUUGCCCCAUAGGUCGCAACAAAACCCUUUUAUACAGAUACAGGAUCAUCCAGAGUAUGAACCAAGAGGACCAGGCAGGCCGUUGUACCAAAGAAGAAUUUCCUCUAGUUCAGUCCAGGCUUGUUCUGAAGAAUUAAGCACUCCUCAAGACAGUCUUGGUCAGUGUAAAGAGCUUCAGGACCACAGUAACCAGUCAUCUUUCAACUAUUCAUCACCUGAGUUGUGGGUAAGCUCCUCCUCAUCUGCCCCAUACCCAAACAUUCCAUGCAAUGGAGCCAACAGAGCAGUUCCACCCCGGGAGCUGUUAGCUCCACCGAAGACGGUCAAGCCCCCAGAGGAACACCUGAAGGCCGAGAACAUCCAGCUAUCCAACUCCUUCAACUACAGCGUGCUGCAACAUCUCGGCCAGUUCCCACCUCUCAUGCCCAACAAGCAGAUCGUCGAGUCGAACAGCAACAGCCAGCAGAACGCUGGUGGGAGCAAGCCGGUCAUGUCCUACGCAAGUGCUCUGCGGGCUCCACCAAAGCCCAAACCUCCUCCUGAGCAGACAAAAAAGAAUAGCGACCCUUUGUCUUUGUUUCAGGAACUUAGCCUAGGUAGUUCAUCAGGUAGCAAUGGCUUUUACUCCUAUUUUAAAUAACCAGAUUAUUUUUUUUAGAGAGAAUUUAAUUUUUAUUUGUGUCCGUAGAUCUAAGAUAGUUGGGGCUUCACCUGUAGUUGCAACUAUUCCCUUUGUUUAUAUUAGUAACUAUAGCCUCACUUAAUUGCUUCGCUGCUAGACUUGCAACUAAUUUGGGUUUGUUUUUUUUUCGUUGUUUUUUUAAUUAUAUUCCAUUAUUUUGCAUUGUUUUGGAGGCGGGUCGGGGUUGGGUUUUUUUUUGGAAGCUUUUCUGUAGGAAAACACCUGUUAUUUUUUAAGUUGUGUAACGUUACUGAUCUGUUGCAUUAAACUAGCAGCUGAGAGGUUCUUACCUGUCCAACAGAAAAAGAAAACAAAAAAAGAAAAAAAAAAGGCAAAAAAAGG